ACUAUUCAAUAUAUUAAUUUAACAAUUUCUGGCACGGUUUAACAAGUUCUCGCGAUGUCGUGGGUAAGUUUCAAGUUUUACCCAGAAUGCAGUGGUCUUCCUUUCGCUGACGCUGGCCAAGAUGCCAAAGGGGAAGAAGGCAAAGGGGAAAAAGGUGGCACCACCACCUGCUGUGGUAAAGCGGCAGGAGGCCAAGAAGGUGGUCAAUCCACUGUUUGAGAAGAGACCCAAGAAUUUCGGCAUUGGUCAGGAUAUACAACCGAAGAGGGAUUUAACACGUUUUGUAAAAUGGCCACGUUAUAUCCGGUUGCAGCGCCAGCGGUCCAUUCUUUACAAGCGCCUGAAAGUUCCACCUGCUAUCAACCAGUUCUCCCAAGCUCUGGACCGUCAGACUGCUACACAGCUCUUCAAACUGGCCCAUAAGUACAGACCGGAGACCAAGCAGGAUAAGAAACGGAGACUCCUGGCACGUGCAGAGCAGAAGGCUGCAGGCAAGGGGGAUGCACCUACCAAGAGACCACCUGUUUUGCGAGCAGGUGUUAACACUGUGACUAAUUUGGUUGAAAGCAAGAAAGCCCAGCUGGUUGCUAUUGCUCAUGAUGUUGAUCCUAUUGAGCUUGUAGUUUUCCUGCCUGCCCUGUGCCGCAAAAUGGGAGUACCGUACUGUAUUAUUAAAGGGAAAGCCAGAAUGGGUCGUUUGGUGCACAGGAAAACUUGUACCAGUGUUGCUUUCACUCAUGUGAAUCCUGAGGACAAAGGAUCACUUGCAAAACUGGUAGAGGCUGUCCGGACUAACUAUAAUGACAGAUACGAUGAGAUACGCCGGCACUGGGGUGGUAAUAUUCUUGGUCCAAAAUCCACUGCACGUAUCGCCAAACUUGAGAAGGCUAAAGCUAAAGAACUAGCAACCAAGCUAGGCUAAUUCUAACUUGUGGUUUUGUAUAUAAAAAAUAAAGACUUGGUUGAAAAAAUAAAA